AUAGAUCUGUUACUGUCUGGCCAUGGAAUAAAAACAAUCGAAUAAACAUUGGUCUAUUUUGACGUGAUGACGUAUCUGUACGUACUCUUGAUUCGAGAAGUUACGCAGUACGUGCAGUGGUUGUAAGAGGAAGGAAGAUGGCGGAUAACAAAGGCGAGGAGGAUAUGGAACCGUCAGCUAAAUUGGACUCAGUGCCUUCAGCACAAGAAAACGAGCAUUCGGAACCAAAUAGCGAUAAUGCUGUUAUAGUAAUAGAGGCAAAUUUGAAGGAAGACGCUGAAACCGAGUCUCCCCAGAACGCAAACGAAGCACCUACACCCACCAGUGAAGGAGGGGACGACGUUAGCAGCGCUGGGACUGUUGUUGCGGCAGGGGAAGCCAAUGGUAGCGUUAGCAACGCCGUCAGUCCUGCCGAUACCAGUAGCACAAAUGCAGAACCAACGGCGACCGAAACUCUUGCCGCCGCUGAUGCUCCAGGCGGCGGACCCGCCACGGAAAUGUCCCCCCCUCCCACUGCUCCGGCAGCCACACCGGUGUCUACGACCAUUAAUUUACUGGAAACCUGCGCAGUGUGUAAACAAAGUCUUCAGAGCCGAGACUGUGAACCAAAACUUUUGCCUUGUCUCCACUCCUUUUGCCUAAAAUGUAUCCCACAGCCCGACCGACAGAUAACCGUCCAGGUGCCUGGACCGCACGGACAAACUGACACACACAUAGUAAAUGUAAUGCGGUGUGCGGUUUGCCACCAGGACUACAAACAAAGUGACAUUAUUGACAACUAUUUUGUCAAAGAUACCACAGAGGCCUCCAACACCUCUGAUGAAAAGUCUGCACAGGUAUGUGAGAAUGGUCGGUACCAGUUUCUGGAAGAAGCUUUCCAGAACCAUAAAGGAUUCAUUGAGACCAACAUGGCCAAACUACAGGAAAAAAAGAACUAUGUCCAUUACUCUCUCUCUCAGGUGCAAAGCAGGUUAAAGGAGCUCAAUGAGACGCAUAAGAAGGUGGAGCAUGAGAUCAAAAUCGCAGUAUUUACACUUAUAAAUGAAAUCAACAAAAAGGGAAAGGCCUUGCUACAACAGCUGGAGAGCGUGACCAAAGAGCGCAGCAUGAGGCUUGUGGCGCAGCAUAAGGAUACCACCCAACUGGCCCAGCAGAUCCACCAUGUGCUCAACUUCUGCCACUGGGCCAUCACAUCUGGCAGCAGCACCGCACUGCUCUACAGCAAGAGGCCGGUAUGUUUGUCUCGGCCAAUCAUGUACCAGCUUCGUCAGGUCUUCAAAGCUCGACUGGAGCCAGCACCACAGUCAAAUGGAAUUGUGCGAUUCUUCUGUGACCCCACGUUUUGGGCCAAAAAUGUGGUGAAUCUAGGUAAUUUGGUAAUUGAGAAACCACCACAGUCAACACAACCUCCCGGGGUGAUUUUGGGAGGACCACCUGUUUCACCAGGCCAAGGUCAUCCAGGGAAACACCCCGGACAGAUCAACCUGGCUCAGCUCCGGCUGCAGCACAUGCAGCAUGCCUAUGCUCAGCAGAAACAGCAGCAGCAUCAUCAUCAUCAUCAGCAGCAGCAGCAGCAGCAGCAGCAACAGCAACAGCAGCAGCAACAGCAGCAGCAACAUAUGCGCAUUGCCUCCCAAAUGUCCCAGCAGCAUGCCAGACAGGCGGGGCCCCCCAUGGUUCAGCAACAGCCCCCAAGACUCAUCAGUAUGCAACAACUCCAAAGAGGGCCCGGGGGUAUGAACGGCGGGCCCGGUCCCUCAAUGUACCCUUCUUCCCAUCACAUGCGUCUCCCGGGUCCCCCGCCACAGAGCCGGAUGCCCACUGCCCAGCCCAGACAUAAUGGGCAGCAGUAUUCACCCUUGAUGCAGCCUCAGUUACAGCGGCAGAUGUCUAUAGAAUCUGAGAUGAGCCACCAAAGGCUUCGUUACUUACUGCAAUCAGGGCAUUCCAACCCUGGGCACGCUGGUCCUUUCCCGGUGGCAUCGCUGCAUAAUGCCAAUCCCACAAGUCCGACCAGCGCCAGCAUGGCCGGCGCUCAUGCUCACCGCGGCCCUGCUAGCCCCAUUAUUGGUCCAAUUGAGCUCAUUCCCUCCGUCACCAAUCCCGAGAACCUGCCCUGUCUGCCUGAGAUCCCGCCCAUUCAGUUGGAAGAUGCAGGUUCCAGCAACCUUGGACAGCUUCUUUCUCGUUACAUCACAGCCAGCACGCAGCACCAGCUGGGCUCAGUGGACAUGAACCCCUCGCCUGGACUAUCCACGCUCUCUCCCGGGUCAUCAGGUCUCUCUAACGCCCACACACCAGCACGGCCCUCCAGUGCAUCCAGCACUGGCAGCAGAGGCAGCUGUAGUUCUGCGGGAAAAGCGGGGCCUGGAGGCGGAGCCACUUCAGAGCAGGUUAAGGUGAAAAAGGAGCCGGGCACAGAGGACACCUACACCUGCACGGCCUCUACUCUCAAGACAGAGCGGAGCAAAGAUGCUGGGAGGAGUGCCUGCAUGAUGAGCAGUCCAGACAGCAGCCCCCCGGGAGCAGUGUCUGAUCCUGUAAAGGUUCGAGGGGAGAGCAUAAAAACAGAACCCGAGUCAGAAACUCCUUGUUCUGGACUAAAUGGCGACAGUGCCACCACAUCGUCUUCUUCCAUGCUGACCUCCACUACCUCCUGGUCCACCGACAACAGCAGCAGCAGAGCAAACCCCCCACUCAUUAAUGGGAAAGAGACUCCAUACAAUGCAGAAUCUGGAGCUACGAGGGGUUCUGAGGCAAAAGAAGAUGAUCCCAACGAGGACUGGUGUGCUGUUUGUAUCAAUGGUGGUGACCUACUCUGUUGUGACCGCUGUCCCAAAGUGUUCCACAUGAAAUGCCACGUCCCCACUAUAAAAAUCGUCCCAAAGGGUGACUUCCUCUGCACGUUUUGCCGGAGCCUAAGCAGCCCUGAAAUCGAUUACUGUGACGACAGCAAGAAAAUCAAAGGCGAGCAGAGCCUGUGUGCUGAAGACCAAAGGAGAUGUGAACGCCUCCUGUUGUACAUUUUCUGCCAUGAGCUCAGCAUGGGCUUCAGGGAACCUGUUCCAAGCACUGUACCCAACUACUACAAAAUCAUUAAACAGCCCAUGGACCUGAAGAGAGUGAAGAAGAAGCUGCAGUUACGGAGCUCCCAGUACUACAAGUCCAUCCAAGACUUUGUGUCCGACAUGCGCCUUAUCUUCAGAAACUGUGCGAAGUACAACGAGAUGUCUCGAAUAAUCCAGGUUUAUGAUGAGGAGAAAGAGAUUAAUAAUCAGGUAAGCCGUCUCAAGAAGAGCAUAGUGAAUGGUGGAAAUGUUUCAUGGAGCCUCAGUGGGACAGGGAGGCAGGAUAUCCCUGCUCUGUACAGCAAAGUUGAGCUGGGCCCCCCCCUGCCACCAGGAGUCUUAACCAAAUCUAAUUUGUCUCCUCAUUCUCCUCCUCCUCCUCCUCCUCUUCCCUGCCUGAACCCAUUCAUUCUUCCCACUCAAUGGUACGCUCACACCCUCUUCCUCACCUUCUUCUUCGACCUGUUCCUCCUCUUCCUCCUCUGGCAGGCGGGAUCAGAGAUGGCGAUAUCGGGCAAAGCGGUGAGCCUUUACUUUGAGGAAAAGCUGCUCAACACCUUCCCAGGCCAAAGCUUCCCCGAAACGCCGGAGUGCGAGUCUGUGGAGGAAAAGGAAAAGGAGGCGGAGAAGGAGAAGGAGAACGAGACGGACGACUCUGAGGAUGACAUACAGCCCAGGCGCAAGCGGUUGAAAACGGACGAGAAAAUCCUUCACAUCAAGUGA